GGAGAUUCCCAGAUUAUAGACUCCUGGUCUUUCAGACACAAAGACCAGCAGGUCUCCAGUCACUUAGGUGGCUCCUCCUUCAGUCACCUCCAUCCCAACUCUGCAGGAUUUAGUUUUUUCCAGCUCUGGUCACCGCUGCACAAAGAACUCAAGAAUCAUAGCCUCUGGACUUUUCACAGCCCUGCACGUGGGUCUUACCUGGUCCCAGCCUCCAUCUUUAUCCCAGCUCCUUCCCCAGCCUGGCCGCUGGCCCUGCCUCUACUUCAGCUCUGACAGCCUCAGAGGCCGUGUUGGUCCAAACAUGUCAGUGAAGUAUGAAGACCUCCAGUACUUGGAGAGUGAAGGGAAAAGCCAGGGGUUUACAGAUGGGCUGCCUGCCCUCGAGACCUUCCUGCAGCGGCUCCUCUCCAGCACCCGCUCCUUCCUGCUCUCCCUGGGCCUCAGCCUCCUCCUGCUGGUCGGCAUCUGUGUGAUCGGAUCCCAAAAUUCCAAGUUUCAGAGGGACCUGGCAACCCUGAGAACAACUUUCAGCAACUUCACUUCAAACACCAUGGCUGAGGUCCAGGCACUGAAAUCCCAGGGUGGAAGUUUGCAAGAAAUGAUAACAUCUCUGAAAGCUGAGGUGGAAAGUCACAAGCAGGAACUGCAAGCAGGUUAUUCCGAAAUGCUCUUGCGAGUCCAACAGCUGGUCAAGAACCUGAACUCCCUGACCUGCAAGAUGGCUGCUCUCAAGAGCAAUGGCUCGCAAAACAACUGCUGUCCUACCAGUUGGCUGGAGCAUGAAGGCAGCUGCUACUGGUUCUCUUCCUCGGGGAAGCCCUGGCCCGAGGCUGAGAAGUACUGCCAGCAGGAGGAUGCCUACCUGGUGGUCAUCAACUCCAGAGAGGAACAGGAUUUUGUCCAGGCCCAUAUAGGCUCCUCCUACACCUGGAUGGGCCUCAGUGAUCUGGAUGGAGUCUGGAAAUGGGCAGAUGGGACGGACUAUGAGACCAACUUCAAGAACUGGAAGCCAGGCCAGCCGGACGACUGGCAAGGGCACGGGCUGGGUGGGGGCGAGGACUGUGCCCACUUCCACCCCGAUGGCAAGUGGAAUGACGACGCGUGCCAGAGACCCUACCACUGGAUCUGCGAGGCUGGGCUGAGCAAGGGCAGCUAGGGGAGCGGAUCACCUGGCCAAGGAAAUGGCGGGGCUGGGGGAGGGGGACCUUCUCCUUGUGGGAGAGGAAUAAUCCCUGGGAGAUUGGAGCACUGCCAUUGUUUGGAGUUGUUUUUUUUUUUUUU